AUGGUGUUGGUUUUAAUGGUAUCAAUAAGCAUUUUACUAUAUAGCACACAAAGGUUUACAAAUAAGAAGACUUUAUACUUUGAUAGAAUCUACGUAAUAAAUAUCGAACGCCGUAUUGAUAGAAGGGAACGAAUGACAAAAAUUUUAAACCAUCUUAACCUUGAUUAUAAGUUUGUCUCUGCUAUUGACUCCAACUCGAGCGAUGUAAAUGCUUACUACAAGCAAAUGAAUGGAUCUUUGACUAAAGGUGCAAUAGCCUGUUGGUUAAGUCAUUUGAAAGUAUAUCAAUCGAUCUUUGAUGAUCGGUUACAAAAUGCCAUUAUAUUAGAAGACGACAUUGACAUGGAGUUGGAUAUUGAAAAACAACUGGGAAAUAUAGUACAAUAUCUUCCUAAAUCCUGGGAGAUGCUUUAUAUUGGCCAUUGUAGCGUAGAAAAUUUGCGAGUUCCAUACAAACAUCCAAAUCUAUACGUUUCCACGCGACCAUCUUGCACACAUGCGUACGCUAUCUCGUUUAUCGGUGCUUGGCUACUUUUAAAUGAACUUUCCAGUAUCAAAGAACCAAUAGAUGUGGAAUUAGUACAACUUAUAGAACCUGGGAGGAUUAAUUCCUUUAGCAUUGAGCCACCACUCGCUGCUCAAUGGAGAGAUGGAAAUCCGUCGGACGUGAGCGCUAAAGAUACGGAGUAUGUUCCAUAUUAUCUCAAAAAGUCAACUUUAAGAUAUAUAAAAAUCGUUGAAUAA